AUGAACCCCUGGGCGGUGCCAAUCGGCCACCUGAACGACCUGCUGGCGGAGGCCCCCGAGGAGGAAAAAAAUGAGAAAAACCAAUUUGAAGAACUGGACAUGCCUCGGGAGGUGAUUGAAGCUUUGGGGCGGAUGGGGAUUCGCCACCCCUCGACGAUUCAGCAGCUGUCCGUGGGGAAGGCCCUGCGGAAGAGGAGCCUGAUCGUGCAGGCGAAGAACGGCACGGGCAAGAGUAUGUCCGUCUGCAUGGUCGUGGCUAGUCGGAUAGUGGCGACGGUGAAGAGGCGGCAUGUGAAGAAGCGUCUGAAGAGGGCAGGUGAGAGGGGCGCAUAUGGGGAGAACGCAGACGGGGAGGCCGCUCACGGGGAGGCCGCCUUCGGGGCUGACCCGGCGGUGUCCCUCUUCCUCCACUCGGUAAUCCUCGUGCCGACGCGCGAGCUCUGCGUGCAGCUGCGGGACAACAUCAGGGAGAUUUCGAACCAGGGGAUAUUUAUUAACUGGCGAGGGGACUGGCGAGGUGACUGUCGAAGUGGAGAGCUCCCACGAGCGUGCGACAACGUGCGUAGUUCCUCCCCCAACGUGUUACCAAGUGACCACCGCGACGCAGCAAAGGGUGAACAGCAAAUUGGGAGGUCCUACUCCCCCUUCGAGGUGAAACCCAUGGUACUAUACGGAGGCACAGACGUAUUGGACGACCUCCAAAUGUUGUUUGCGUGUCUCCCCCACGUGGUAAUAUCAACGCCUGGGAGGCUGAAGCAUGUGUUAAGCAUUUUGAGUCGACUGCAUGUGAGUGUGGGCCGAAGAGAAGCAGAAGGGUGUCCCACCAAAGUGCCACUCACCAAAAUAGUUAACGUCCUGGUGAAGCAGUUGAUACUAGACGAGGUGGAUGCUCUCCUCGAUGAGCAGUUUGAAAGCCAAAUGAAGGUGAUUCUCUCCCAGGUGGUAAGUCCCAAAGUGCAAGUGCUCUGUUAUAGCUCCACAUGCUUUGAGUCAUCCAUCAGUCGGUUCGUCAAGGUGGUGAACCUCCAUGACGUGGGUUACCUUUCCAGGUGGAAGGGCUUUUGCGUGAAAAGGAUGCAUCAAAUUUUGGGUGGUAACCUGGGGGGGGGUCUCCCCCCUGGGGAGGUACCACCAGAACUGAAGGUAAGGAGCGCCCUCGACCAGGACACCCCUCCGCAGAGCAACCACUCAGGUGAGGGCAAGCUGGCGGAAGAAGAGACCCCGCUCGAGGUAUAUCUCAAUAGGGAAGUGAGCUCCCCACCUGACUCCCCCCAAAACAACCGCGCACACACAAAAGUGAAGAAGAAAAAAAAAAAAAAAAAAAAAAAAAACCUUAGGAGAAACAAACAGAAGGGGAUGAACUCAAUCGAAGAAAUGGUCCAAGCGCAGAGCGUCUUCCAGGAGGAGAGCUCCGUUCGAUACAUUUUGCGGAAGAUAGUAAAGGAAAAGGGCAAGGUCGCCCUGCGUGCCAGGCGGAGGAGGGAGUUUGAGUUUGUGCAGACGUGCACCUCGGUCAUCGUUCACGGGGAGGGGGGGGGAGCGGCUGAAGGGGGGGUGGACGGCGCCUGCGAUGGAAAAGAGGUGGGUGACAAGGGGGGGAGUGACAACAGCCAUCGGAGUGAUAACCAUACGAGUGAUGGGGAGAUCCCUCCUCUUUAUUGCCCCCCCCCCAGCGCGCUGAGCUCCCCCGUGCUGCGGAACGUGAGGCACUGCUUCAUCACGGUGGACAACGAACGCCUGAGCAAGCACGAGGAGCUCAAGUACAAAAUGAAGGUCAUCCUGAAGGUAGUGAGAGAAAUCAAAUUCCACCUGUGCUUCCUCUUCAUUAAUAGCACUUACGAGGGGGUGCAAGUGAGCAAGAUGCUGAAGAAGCACGGCGUGUGCUGCUACUACACGAGCUCUAAGGUGGAGCAUCAGCGAAGGAUGCAAGUGUUUAAUAACCUCAGAAGGAAUGAGGUGAAGGUGGUGGUCUGCAGCGACGUCAUGAGCAGAGGAAUUGAUAACAUCGCAUGCGACUUGGUAAUUAAUUUAGACAUUCCGCAGAGCAAGGAGACUUACAUUCAUCGGUCGGGGAGGUGCGGACGCUACGGAAACAGGGGGCUCUGCAUAAGCCUCUGCAACUACUCGGACUACGCCUACCUCCACUUCUAUAAGUACCAGCUCCGCCUACCCGUGCACGACUUCUGCUUCCUGCGCAGGGAGCAGCGGGAGCGGUUGGAGGAGCGGACUUACCCGCACGGCGACGCUGGAAGCGGUAGGGGAAAAGAGGGGGAAGCAGCCACCUGGGAAGAGGCAACCCAAGAAGAGCCCACCUGCGAAGUGGCAACCAAAGAAGCCAUCCGGGAAGAAACCCCCCCGGGUGAGCACUCCACCAGUUGCGUUGAAACGCACUUGGGAGUCCACGCAGUUGAGCAGCCCGAGCGGAAGGCGCCCCCUCAACAGAGCCGCUUAGGGAGAGGCCCGAGGAAGAAGGCCCUCGCCCUGAACAUCAAGGGGUUUUGCGCAGAGGGGAUACACAUCGCGGGGGGGGGCACCCAUGUGAGCAGUCAGGUGAGGAGAGAGGUGAGCAGCCAGGUAAAGAGCGAGGUGAGCAGCCAGGUAAAGAGCGAGGUGAGCAGCCAGGUAAAGAGCGAGGUGAGCACCCAGGUAAAGAGCGAGGUGAGCACCCAGGUAAAGAACGCGGCAAAGAGCGAGGCAAAGAGCGAACCGUUUCCCCCCCAUCGCGGCGUCCACCUCAACGUGCGGGUGAAAAAAUUUGUGAGCAAAUUUAAAGUGGCGAGAAACGAAGUCUGCUGCGAGUUCUGCCUCCCCAACGACAACGCAAAUGUCUUUCAGUCGAUCAGUGUCAUCCAGCACAAGUCCAGCCUGAUCAUUUUCUUCCUCUUCAGCAGGAGGAUACGCAUGCGACUCCUUUCCUUCCGGGCGUUGCAGCUUGCAGGCGGGGAGUCGGCGGCGGAGUCGGCGGAGAAGGGGAGCAAGUGCUGCCGCUCCCACUACUGCCUCCUCUUUUUUUGCAAUUCGGACAGCUACCUAGUGCUGAAGGUCUUCUACUUCUUCCUCUUCCUCUUUAAGCAUUAUCAGUACCCCCUCAGGGAGGCCCUCACUCCGCUGCUGAUUCACACAGGCGGGAGCACACCAAAGGGGGGCAAAUGGAAAAAGAGAUGUGACCGAUGUUGCCACGCAUUUCGCCCCAACCGAGUCAACCUCAAUUACGUUUCGGACACCUGCCUCAUGAUAGGUAACAACAUCCAAAGGGCAGAAAAAAAAAAAAAAAAAAAUUUUAAAGGAUGCCAAAGUGAUGAAGAUUUUUACAUGAACAGGCAAGGUAAAACUGUGACUACUUUUCGGAAGGCCAUGUUUUACCCGUUCCUCUUGGGGAGUCAAACGGGGCACCGCUCAAGUGGCCAGUUGAGCAGCCCGGGCGCUGCCCAGGGGGAGCAAGCCCAUCGCGGUCUUGAUUACGAAAUUUUACAGCGGAGGGAGGGGGAGCUGCAGCCCAGCUCGCUGCCCCUAGAAAGCGCCCUCAACCAGAUCAAGGCCACCCCCCUUGAGCGGAAACAAAUCGCUUCCCUCUCGCAGCAAUGUAGUGAAUACCUCUGCAUGAAUGACCAGCGGGAGGUCGCCCAGAAGGUGAACAUGCUGGUGGCCCCCCAGGUGUUCCUAAAUUUGGCCGAGGGGGAGGAGGACGUUCACUUGCUGAAAGGGCUCUUCCUGCAGAGUCACGUGCAGCUGCACGGUGGAGCAGGGCAGCCAAGUGGGGAAAAAAAAAAAAAAAAAAUCGAAGCAGAAGUGGAAGCGUAA